CUCCAAGAAUGGUACCACAACAACCAUGCCAUCCUCCUCGACCCCCUCGUUGUCUUUCUUGGUGUCAUCCUUGGCGGCGGAGGCAUCAUCUAUUACCGCUAUUUUGAGACCGUCCCUAUCAGUAAAUUCUCCCGCUUGGUCCUCCUCUCUCCUUCCACUGAGCGAGAGCUCAGCGAGAUCGAGUUUCAGGAGUUCAAAAAGGGCAUCGAGGGCAGGAUCCUCCCUGCCAACCAUCCCGAUAGCAUUCGAGUCCGCCGCAUCUCCGAGAACAUCAUUGAAGCCAUUCAACCAUGUCUCCAACAUGACAAUAGCUUUUGGGCUGAUCUCUGGUACGCUUUUGUGAUACUAGCUGCUGAGAAGUUUAAGGUGACUAGGAAGAAGGCGGCGGAGGCUGAGAAUUGGGAGGUGUUUGUGGUGAGCGAUAAGACUUUCUAUGCCUUUUGCCUUCCGUGCGGCAAGAUUGUGGUUUCCACCGGAGUUCUUGAUCAUCUCAGGACGGAUGACGAGAUCGCCGCUUUGCUUGGGCAUGAGGUUGCCCAUGUUAUUACUCGCCAUGGUGCUGAGGUAGCUACAAAGGACUUGUGGUUGGGUGUUCAUGAAAUGUGCCAGUACGAUAUGUUUACUAUUCGGCAGCUAUUUGACCUCUAUGAUAGAAUGAGAAGAGAGACAGAUGAUAUAGGCCUGCUUUGUUGA